AUGGGGCGGGCGCCUGCGAUCUUCUAUAGGGCACCCAACUCCACCAUGAGCUCCAGCCAGAAGAGAUGUGUCAGAUUUCAAGAGACCAAGGGCGCAUCGGUACUGCUACUCACGACGGCGGUGGUGGCGUGUUGGGCGGCCGUCAGAGGGGAGGAGGUGGAGGCGGUGCAGAAGGAUGAGCCCAAGGAGGCGGUGAAUCAGAAGGAGAGGCUGUUUAUCAAUUCUCGCUCCACCACCACCUGGACCUUCCUCUCAGAAUUCACCUCCACCGUGCCCUUCACCUGCUACACCACUCCAGCAGGAGGAGCAAACGCAUGCAGUGGCCGUCGCCUGAAGCGCUCCAAGAAACUCCACAUGAAGGAGGAGUCCCUUGGGAGUAAGGUCCUCUACACCUCACAAGGGGAAGGGGACGGAGCGAAGGCCAUGGACAGAGAGGACGAGGACGAGGACGCCGCGGACCCCAAGCUGAUCUUUACCAUAUGGAGGACCGCUAGCACCACCGUCACCGCCACCACCUUCUCCACCAAUCGCUCCGAAUUUAAGUCACAGGAAGGUGGAAAUACAGAAGCUGACAGGGAGUUCCAGAGUUUACCAGAGAAGGGGAUGAUUGGGCCAAGGCGAGGUGUGGGGAUUGUGCGGGUGUGCGGGUCGCUCGGGGCACCCUUGUGGAGACAUAAUACUCGGUUCGUUUUACAGAGAGGUUUCCGAAGCCUGUUGCUCGUCUCCCUCCUCGCCCUGACCGCCGGCACGCAGAACGAAGAGGAUGACGAAGGGGAGGCUAAGCUAAUAGUGAAGAACUACACCACCACCACCUGGACCUUCCUCUCCUCCCUCACCUCCACCGUGCCCUACACCUGCUACACCAGCGCGGCAGCAGGAGCGGAAGCGUGCGAAGGGAGGAGACUUCGUAGGUCCAAAGAGAUGAAGGUACUUGACGAUAGCCUGCUGGAGGGAGGCGACGUAGCUCUGUAUAGCAGCGUAGGGGCGGAGGACGAGGAGCUGGAGGAGGAGGAGAGGAAGAAGCUGUUUUUCAGGCUGUGGAAGACUGCUAGCACCACUGUCACCGUCACCACCUUCUCCACCAACCGCUCCGUCACAGUCUCCGCCUCCAUCAUGUGCACUUAUCCUGGCAUUGUUCUGAAUUUCUUGCACUCCAAGCCAUCCCUCACCAUACAAGUCGAGAGAUCCCACGCGUACCUGGUAUACCUGGUGGUGGUGGCGGUGGUGGUGGCGGCGACUGCAGCAGAGACAUCAACAGUGAAGGAGAUCCCUAAGACAAAGAUGCCCGGCAGAUUCUUCUUGAACAAAGCGCAAUCCACCACCACCUGGACCUUCCUCUCCUCGUUCACCUCCACCGUGCCCUACACCUGCUACACCACUGCCAGCACGGCGGGGGCUACGAUGGAGUGCAUGGGUCGUCGUCUGCGUCGUAUUCGUGGGCUUCGAGAUCAGGAUGUACAAGUCGAGCUGUUCCCAAGUGGACCGCUGAAGGAGGGGCAGCAGGAGGAGGAGGAGGAAGCAAAGGAGAGUGACAUAGGGAAGUUCUUCACGAUAUGGCGGACCGCUAGCACCACCGUCACCGUCACCACCUUCUCCACCAACCGCUCCGUCACCAUCUCUGUCUCCGCCAUGUGCACCGUCAAUGGUCUCAAUAUUAACUUCUGCUGAGGGGCGUGUUGUGAGGAGGAGGAGUCAAGAAGAAGAAGAAGAAGAAGAAGUCAAGAAGAAGUCAAGAAGAUGAAGAUGAAGAUGAAGAAGAAGAAGAAGAAGAAGAAAAAGAAGAAGAAGAAGAAGAAGAAGAAGAAGAAGAAGAAGAAGAAGAAGAAGAAGAAGAAG